AGGAUGUAAGAGAGGGAUGGGCAGGGGGGUGAACUCCCUCACCCAUUCCCCCCUUUAAUUCAUUCCCAGGCCAGAUAUCAUUGGGGGAGGGGGCAAGGUCUUAAUUCCCUUACCCCCUCCCUUUAAAAGCGAUUCUGAGUCCCUUUCUAUUGGCUCCCUUCGCAAAAGCAAGGGGGAAAUAAUAAUCCUUUCUCCCCCUCUCCCCCCCUUAUCUUAAUCUUUCCUGUAUUUUCCCCCUUAUCUAUCCCCCCCUGCAUCCUCCGCGGGGCAGCUGUCAUAGCCCCCCUUUUUAAUUCCUUAUCCCCCCCCCCUUCCUCCAGGCAUUAUAAGGGCCUGGGACACCCCCCCCUAACUCUUGUUUUAAAAGGGGGGCUUUGGAUUGACAGGAAACUGUUUUGCUCCUUUAUGCCUUUUUUAAUGUUCUUCCCUGCUCUUUUUUAUUUUUAAAGGCAAGGUGGGCUUUUCUAAAGGGGUUUAAUCCCCCCCUCCCCUCCAUGCUAGGAGUUUAGGAUUUUUUACCAUCUUGGUUUUAGGGUUUUUUAACAUCUUCGUUGUAGGGGUUUUAACAUCUUGGUUUGGAAUUAACCUCAAAUGCUUGCCUGUAUGAAAGGGCCACUUCUUUAAACCUUUUUUGGUGGUGGGCUUGCUCCAUCUUCCCCAAAGAGGCUUCAUCCACCCUGCUUCCCUUCGUACCACCACCCCAUGCCAGAAAACACCCACCGCCUAUGGGAAGCUGGCCGGUGCCCCCCAGCCCCCCGCCCCAGUUCAGCAGCAGCAGCAGCAGCGUCAUGCCAGCAGGUGCCCCCUUUGGUUGGGGGGGCCCAGGACGCGGGCAGAGCCAGCCCCCCCUCUCUUAGCCUCUCCUCCUCCUCCUCCCCCAGCCUGCUGAUGUGAGCUUCGGCUUGUCCUUCCCUUUCUCCUUGUCCUCCCUGCGUUGUCCCCCCACCCCACCCCUCAAGCUUCAUGCCCCCCUGAAAAACAUGGAGGUGGUGGGGGAUUUUGAAUACAGCAAAAAAGACCUGAUCGGGCAUGGAGCUUUCGCCGUGGUCUUUAAGGGACGGCACCGGAAGAAAACGGACUGGGAAGUUGCUAUAAAAAGCAUUAACAAAAAGAACUUGUCGAAGUCGCAGCUCCUGCUUGGGAAGGAGAUAAAAAUCUUGAAGGAACUGCAACAUGAAAACAUCGUGGCCUUGUAUGACGUCCAGGAGAUGCCCAACUCCGUCUUUCUCGUAAUGGAGUAUUGCAACGGUGGAGACCUAGCAGAUUACUUGCAAGGUAACAGUUUCCUACUCUGCCUUCAGCCCUUUAACAGGAGAAAUUUCCUGAUGGUGGGAACCAUUAAUCCGUGGAAUGACUUGCCUCCAGAAGUUGUGGGUGCUCAG